CCUGAGAGUGCACCGAACCGCAGGCCGCAGAGAAUGAAAACGUCGGUGAAUAUGUCAAAAUUCGUUAUCUACUGCCGCUACUAGUAAAAAUACCCUUCUUUCAAGAAAUAAUGAGAGGUUAAUUCCCUUCAUAAAAUAAAGUGUCCUGCAGGUAUCGUUUUAUGUUCUAGUUGGGAAAUUUGUUUAUAUAAAAAAUAUUGAAGAACAUACACAUUGGUAGUCAAAAAAUGGCAGCCCUACCACGCAGGAUAAUUAAAGAAACUCAACGAUUAAUGCAAGAACCUGUGCCGGGAAUUAGUGCUGUACCAGAUGACAGUAAUGCUCGUUAUUUUCAUGUUAUUGUGACAGGUCCGGAGGAUUCCCCAUUUGAAGGGGGACUAUUUAAACUAGAGUUGUUCCUGCCUGAAGACUACCCCAUGUCAGCACCCAAAGUAAGGUUUAUAACGAAAAUAUACCAUCCUAAUAUCGAUAGACUUGGCAGAAUUUGUCUUGAUAUCUUAAAGGAUAAGUGGAGUCCUGCGCUACAAAUACGCACUGUACUUCUAUCGAUUCAAGCCUUACUCAGUGCUCCAAACCCGGAUGAUCCUCUAGCAAACGAUGUAGCUGAACUUUGGAAAGUUAACGAAUCCGAAGCAAUCCGAAAUGCAAAAGAAUGGACCCGUAGAUAUGCUAUGGACAAUUAAACACGUUCCGAUAGGACAUCAGUAACAAACAUAAGCAUUCUACUUUUGAAUUUUAUUUCAUCUGAAAGGUAGAACUGUUCCUACAUACCAGUGCUGCAACACCCUUCUCGAUGAAUGUUUCACCAACCGAAUUUGUGUCAUCGUGAGGAGUGUGGUAAUUCUGUUUUUGGUAGCAGUGAUUUUAUUGGAUAUAAUUCGUUUUUUACUUAUCUCACUCGAGUAGAAUUUUUAUGUUUUUUACUAUAGUUAUUUAAAAUGUUUGCUAAAGUGCAACCUUUGUGAACAUUGUACUAAUUAAGUAUCUUAAAAUUAUUUUUUGAUUUAAUUGUGAACAGAUUAUUGUUACUUUAAAUGUGUAUUAAGUAUCAAUUCUUUGAUUUGGUUUAUGAAUCCUUUUGUACUUCCUGAACGUCAUCUCCUGAUCUCUGCAAGUUUGAAGUAUUAAAUUCUCGUUCUACUUUGGUUGAGAAGUAUUAAAGGAUGUUUUUUCAAUGCUUCAACUGUGUACAAUUUAAUCAGUUAUGUGCUCAGUUGCACUCGAAAGUUGGAUUUGUAGUCUGUGUAAAUAAAGGUAUGAAAGGCUUUUUACAAAUAAAUUCUUUACACUAAA